UCUGGUGGGAACUUUGCUACGAGCGGUAACGAAAAAAUCGUUCAGCCGGCCUUCGGUGUUGAGUUUUGUACAACUGCGUGUGCUGAUCAGCGAACAGAGCGCGGGGUUUGUCGUUUUUCAUUUGUUUUUUCAUUUCUACCUUGGCCCAGACAAGGGAAGAUUUUUCCUCGGAGCACCAACAACCGCCAGCGAGCAUCCAUUCGGUAGCAUCGGUGGGUUGGAAUUUUGCAAUCUCGCGUGAAUCGGUGAUGCCUCUUGAUAGGCAGAUGAAGGAAAGCGUGAAAUUGCUCGAUCGUGUCUGAAGUAACUGGUGAUAAAGGGUGAAUUUAGCGAAAGGCAAUCCAAAACGUGACAAGUGAUUUUUUGAGUGAGGAAAUUUGACAGAUCAGGUGGAGCUGAAGUGCAUCCCGGAUGCGGGGGAUUUUUACCGCGGGAAGAUUUACCCUUCUGAAGUGAAGUGAAACCUGUGCAACAAGAUUGUCGAAGAUAAAAAAAAGCCCUUUACACGUGAAGCCUAAUAACGAGUGCAACACCCUUCAAACAAACCUACAACUUGAUCCUGUGAAAAGUGUUUCCCAGUGGCAGUCAUCAUGAGAAGGUUGAUCCUGUUCGUGGGCGUUCUGGUGACAGGUGUUCUGUCGCAAGGAUUCCUGCAGCCGCCUCCUUUUAGACCGCAUUCAUCCAAAAUUCAACGGCGUCAGUUAUCACAACAGCAGCAGUCACACAUCCUUAGCGACAUCCAGCAACACCAGCACCGUUUUAAUCUUCACCAGGGUCAGAGGCCUUCAAACGUUCUCAUUCAACCCUCGAUCCAGCUGCCAUUAUCGCAGCAAAAUAUCAACCAGCGACCAUUCUCCAACAACAACAAUAACCCUUUCCAACCAAGUUCGCCAACAUUUUUCAACAAUAAACAGUUACCACCACAAUCCCCACCCGCAAAUUUCCGAACACCUCAAUCAGGCAGACAACCACAUAGCAGCUUCGGAGCACAACAAGACACACGACUUCCACCACCAUCACUCCCACCACAACAGCCAUCAACACAACAGCAAAGACCCGUCCUGAACACGCAUCAACAAUCUCAAUCGCAGUUCUUCACCGGGCCAAAACACAAUAAUCAACAAUUUGUUAACAGUGCCUUUCCUGUUGAUAACGCGUUGAGCCCACAGCGUAUUCCCGAUGCACGACCUCUGAACCCAUCCGUACAAUCGCCGUUCCUUCAACCGCCUAAUUUCCAAGCACAGCCAUCUGCGACAUCCCAGAUCCGAUUCCCAUCCAACUCACAAAUUCCCCAAGCCCAAGCUCUUUUCCAGGCUUCCGCCCAACCGCAAUUCUCACCGGUCUCUCAGUCCUCAUUCGUACAGCCAAUUAUUCAACAAUCUUUUGAUACAAACCACCUACGCUCCGAAGUUGUACCUUUAGCCCAACAACCUCUACAGACUUCCAACUUCAAUCCAUUCGCUCAACUGUCACAACCACAACAGCAACAGUUCAAUAGUUUCCCACCUGUACAAAAUGUCCCGGUUUUUCUUCAACCUCAGCACCUUAACUCCCAGCCGGGAGUAUUCCCCCAAAUUCAACCAGCUUCAGCUCAGGUGAACCAACAUCAGCAGUCAUUCCCAACUGCUGGUCAGCCCUCCUUGAACUUCCAACAGCAGCAAGAGCUUGAAAAGCGACUUAACGAGGAAAGCAUUCGCAUUCGAGAACUCCAAGAGAAACAAAAAAUCAUUCAAAAACACGAGCAAUUCCUUCAGAAGCAGUACCAAAAGCAACAGGCCAAGGUUCAACAGCUGCAUCAAGAUUUCCUCAAAAAGCAACAGAAGAUUAUCCAACAGCAGCAACAAGAAUAUGACACCAUUAGAAAAACUCCUACUUCCCCCAAUCCACAAGCCCAGCCAUCCGAACGAACUGUAUACGACAAAACCACCAAAGCCUACCAGAAGCCAAGUGCCUCAACCGUGAUCGCAAACCCAAUCUCGACUACCACCGAAAACGUUCUAUCCGUUAUUCCAAUCAAAUCGAACAGCAAAAAAGACUACUCAACCAUCAGCAAAACCGGCCUUGACGUUCUCCUUCAAUCCAACCGACAAAAUCUCUUCGAAACCAUCAAAUCUGAAACCUCAAAGCCAACCAAAGCUCGCCCCGCCAAGGUGAAGUCCACCAAAGCCCUUGGACGCGAUGAACUCCUGAAACAGCUUAGACUUGCGUUGGCAGAACAAGGACCGCAAGAACUAGGAAAUAAGAACUUCAGUGCAACGGAUCUCGUGCUUCCGAACGGUGAGAAAGUCCAGGUCAUUCGCACCACAGACCCAGAGAUCAUAAAGCGAGCUAACGUCAACUCGGAAGGUGUACUAACACAACAGCUGGACUCUCCAACCACUGCCAAACCUUUGUCGUUUGAAGAAAUUGCCAAGAGUGGUCUGCUUCCUCCGGGAGCUGAUUUCGAACUGCUCAAACAGUCUGAAGAUGGACGGAUAGAAGACAUUGCCAAAAUUCCACCACAAAAGAAGGUUACAUUCGUAUAUUUGGAAGAGCAGGAUGACGGCUCGUAUAAGGUUCAAGGCGUUAAAGGAAGUAGCGACAAGGAAACGAAAACAUCAGGUGCCGAUGUUGAUAAUAUUUUGAAGAGAAUCAAGAAUGGUGAAAUUCAGCUGCCCCCUCCAUCGAAUAAGGCGGUCAAGACUCCAAUCAUUGUCGAGGGUCCAUCAAGCACGACCACGCCACGAAUUUUGCCAGUUCAGAAAGCAAACUCCGUUACCAUCAUCCCUCACAGCACACCACUGGAAAACCAUCACCAUUCGACAAACUUCGUUGCAGAUCACACCAUUCCAAGAACUGCCUCCUCUCCCGCUUCCACCACGUACGUCUCGACUGCGGCGCCAUCUAGUCCAAGCCCCGUGUCUGCUUACUCGCCAAGCACCUACUCUGGAAGUACAAUCCCUCAAUCCUCAACCAUUUACUCCACCGCAUCACCCAUCACCAACUAUUUCCAAAACGAUAACUCCAUCCUCUACAACGGAGUGAGCUCCACCUAUGCCACGACAGCAUCUCCGCCAACUCCAAUUACCCCAGUUUCCAGUACCACCAGCAUCCCUCAAUUCUCAACCCGGCCAGACAACUACAUCUCGUCCUCCACCAUAGCCCAUCACACUGCCAGUCCGAGCAGCUACCAGCAGCAGGCCACCGGAAAGUUCGACGUUGUGCAUCCAACCGUCCCCGCUCCCGUUGCUACCGUGACCACGCAGAAUAUCUACCAGCAGCAGCCAUCGGAACACUCGCUGCCAUUGAUCCAACAGCAAACGCAGCCCCAGCCAACACCCCAAACUCAGCAACCGUCAACUGCCUCGGCGGCGACGUCACCCGUGACGACAAAUCCCCACGAACUGCCAGCCAUUCUCAAGAAAAACGGACUAUUUGCAAUGGCCAAAUACCUCCGCCAGUCUGGUUUGGACACGAUACUGAACGAAACCGGCCCGUACACGAUCUUUGUGCCGACCGACAAAGCCUUCCGCAGUCUCCUGGUGCAGCUGGGAGGACCGGAGAAGGCCGAAGAGAAGUUUAAGAACAAUCCCCGGCUGCUGAGUGGGCUUCUACUGCAUCAUGUUAUCCCCGGAUCGUUCGAUAUUUCGUCUCUACAGGACGAAAUGACCGGAGUUUCGCUGGCCGGAACGCAGCUCCGAGUGAACCAGUACAACAUGCACGAUUCCGAGUGGAAUGAUGUUAAGGUAACGACUAUCAACGGUGCCAUGGUCGUUCUGGACAAACAAGAUAUUGUGAUUCCACAGGGCAUUGCCCAUGCCGUGGACCGAGUGAUGUUCCCGCUACCCGUUGGUGACAUUUUGCAAACCCUACAGUCAGACAGAGAACGACGGUUCACGCACUUCCUUCGUGCGCUGUACGCAUCGGGAAUGUCCGAUACACUACAGAACAAAGGUAUCAAAACGUAUACAGUAUUCGCCCCAACCGAUGCGGCCUUUGCCAACUUCUCGACAGACGAACUGAACAAACUAGUCACCGACAAGGACCAAGCGGAGGAGCUGGUCAAGAAGCACGUCGUUCCCGGAACUCUCUUCACCGCCGGUAUGAGGUUCUAUCAAGUCAAGGAUGCCAUGGCCGAGGGAAAGACGGUCACGUUACAAAAGAGUGGAGGAAAAAUUAAAAUAAACGACGGAUUCCUCCAGACAUCGAACAUUCCAACAACGAACGGAGUAAUUCAUGCCAUCGAUUCGUUGCUGUAGAACCGGCUGCAAUCAAAUUUCAAGCUCAACAAAACUCCUUUUGAAGCAAGAGAAGGAAAAUGCCAUCUCCACCCGGUUUGGAACGCAAUGGGCGGAGACCGAACUCGACACUUGAUUUUCCUAAUCCGUAGGUGAAAAUUACCAGUGAACUAGAGCGAUACUUAAAAUGAAAACAUUUUUUCAUGACUACACAUAAAUGCAAACAAAUUCAGAGAGAAUCAUUUCAUUUUGUUUCGACCCACUAUUUAUUGAACGCGAAUCAAAUUCGAAUAAAUUCUCAGCAAAAUGACAAAUAAUGGUAAGAAUCUGGCGAAGUCUGAAUUCGGUAGAGCAAUUCAGGAUGCGUAGAUAACAUAGCGGCUUGCCAUGGAAAUGGACAGUAGUAGAAGUUAGCAACCGUUUGGAAGAAAAGACUACAAAGCGUAACAAUUGUUGUGAAAGUUGUUGAAAAUGUUGUUGAUCCAAUGAGAAAAAGAAAAUCAUUGAACACACCAUACCCGUAAGUGACGAUGUUAAUUUAUUGUAAGAGUAGUUGUUAAAAGCUAAGCCAAUCUGUUAGGGUUAUCCUUGUACAUACCGUUCUCUAGGUUUAGAUGUAAUAAAUACAAAUAUUAAUUAAA